AAGGGUGGUGUCUUAAAGUUUGUUUUAGUUGGUUUAUCCACUAUCCAAAUUUAUUAUCCACAGUACGGGUGGGAUCACUCGGUUCACAAAAGGAAAAGGCUCCCGCCGGUGAAAAGGUCUCUGGUGUACUACGUGAAAGGGAGAGAGGUCCGGAUGCAGAAUGAGUCCAGCUACCACCGCUUGUUGCAUGGAUACGCAGCCCAGCAGCUCCCCAGCCUCCUGAAGGAGAGGGAAUUUCACCUCGGAACACUCAAUAAAGUGUUUGCCUCCCAGUGGCUCAAUCACCGACAAGUGGUGUGCGGGACAAAAUGCAACACGUUAUUUGUAGUAGAUGUCCAGACUGGCCAAAUUACCAAGAUUCCUAUCCUGAAGGAUCGUGAACCCGGCAUGGUGAACCAGCAGGGAUGUGGUAUUCAUGCUAUUGAGAUCAACCCCUCAAGGACCCUCCUGGCCACAGGUGGAGACAACCCCAACAGUCUUGCAAUUUAUCGUCUGCCUACACUUGAUCCUGUCUGUGUGGGAGAUGAUGGACACAAGGACUGGAUAUUUUCAAUUGCGUGGAUCAGUGAUACUAUGGCUGUUUCUGGUUCCCGGGAUGGUUCAAUGGGUCUCUGGGAAGUCACAGAGGAUGUGUUAUCCAAAAGCGAUGCCAGGCACAAUCUCUCUCAAGUUCCUGUCUAUGCCCACAUAACACACAGUGCUCUGAAGGAUAUCCCCAAGGAGAACACCAAUCCUGACAAUUGCAAAGUUCGAGCAUUGGCUUUCAACAAUAAAAACAAGGAGCUGGGAGCUGUGUCCCUGGAUGGGUAUUUUCAUCUUUGGAAAGCAGAGCACACGCUAUCAAAGUUACUUUCCACAAAGUUGCCAUACUGCAGGGAGAACGUGUGUUUGGCUUAUGGCCAGGAGUGGUCAGUGUAUGCAGUAGGAUCACAGGCACAUGUCUCCUUUCUGGAUCCGAGGCAGCCUUCUCACAACGUUAAAUCCGUCUGUUCCAAAGAACGAGGCAGUGGUAUCCGUUCAGUGAGCUUCUAUGAGCACAUCAUCACUGUGGGGACAGGGCAGGGGUCCUUGUUGUUUUAUGAUAUCAGAGCCCAGAGGUUCCUGGAAGAAAAGCUCCCCCGUGCCUGCUAUGGACAGAAGCAGAAAUUAGGAGGAAGUGAAAUUUUGAAGUUGACAACUGGGAAAGGCUGGCUGAACCAUGAUGAAACCUGGAGGAAUUAUUUUUCUGACAUAAAUUACUUCCCAAAUGCUGUUUACACCCACUGCUACGACUCGUCUGGAACGAAACUCUUUGUGGCAGGAGGCCCUCUUCCAUCAGGACUUCAUGGAAAUUAUGCUGGUCUCUGGAGCUAAUGAUAACUCUUCAUUCUGAUGCUGAUCUUUACACAGAUUUCCACUUCUGUUUUCCUUUUUUUAACACCAAAAUUGUGUGAUGCCAUUGACUCCUGAUUUAAACACAAGUUAUUUUUUGGCAGAGUUUUCUGUUGGUCUCCAACAAUUUUGUACAUCUUUUUGAACUAGUUUUUUGCUUUAGCCUCCUUGAUCCUUUAUAUGGAGGAGUUUUGAAGUCCUUUUUUAUUGCAUUUACUCCAAAUGACUCUUCCCCCCAUUUAGGCUGUCUUGGCCAUGUGUCCCCUCCUCUACUUUGCUGUGAGGUAGGAUUUCUUUCUUAUAGAGUGGUUGUUCCUGAGCUUUCUGUGAAAGUCUUGGGGCUGCAUGUGUGCAGGUACUUUGUGUCAGUUACAUUACCUGGAGUGAGGACUACUUGUAAUUAAAAAUUAUUAAAAAUAUUUAUAAGAGAUAAGCUACUACUUUAUCUGCAGAGCCUGGCCCUGGCCUGGGUUGAUCGUAUUUUUUAAAAGUACAAGUCUAAUGACACUGUUUAUACAUAGAGGGAUAUGGUAAUUUUAAGCUGUACUCACUGAAGCCCAGGGAUGGAUUCCCUAGGGGUAUUGCCAAUCAAAUCCAAAGUGUGGGAGUUUUUAAAAGUGCAUUUGUGUUGGAAUGGUAGUUUUCAGCAGUGCUAGGAGCAAAAAUUGAUCUGUUUCUUCACUGUCUGUCCCAGGUAUCAGCUUGCACAGCUAAAGUUUGUAUAGGCUGUUCUGCUGCGUGGCUAUCGCAGGGUGACAUUACAUUGAGGGUUGCAGAGAUGCUGAGAGGAAAUGGGGGCUAGUUAUUGAAAAUGAACUUAAUCUGUCUGUGUUCCAGAUGAAAUAUGGUUUCUAAGUAUGCUGAUAGGGUUGCUUAUAAACUCUCCAUAAACUACCUAAAACCUUGGACCUUUUUUUUCCCAGGUUGUGAGAGUUUUUCCCCUUUUUGCUGUUCUGGUUGGCCAUCUAAUUAAAUAAGUCAGUGGAAUAAAUAAAUUAUUUUUUUUCCACCAAGUUUAAAGAGUGCAUCUCAGACAUUAAUAAUGCAAGUGAGAAGCUUUCUGUGAAGGAAGGUAUUUUGGUGUUCCCUCACUUUGUUCUAGUAUAUGCUGUUGGAGAAGCUCAGGCUUUUCCAGAAUCCUCUGUUGCCUUCUGAGUUCUGCGACUCCCUCCAACUUCACCUGGGAGGAGAGAACAGGUCCAAUGCCCUUCAGGUCCAGCUGUGAAGUGUGUGUCUCCCAGGGUGAUGGUUUUAUCCAAUACUCAGCUAAAAUGUAACUCAAUGGUGUUCCUCCUUUUGGCAGGCACUAAACUCUCAGCUUGUCAGUGAUGCCUCUGUUCUCUGCUGGAAUUAAUGCCUUUCCCCUGACACUGGUGGAGCAAAGUGUGCCUGUACCUCACAGCUUUGGUGCCAAAUUGAAAGUUGAUUGGAACUGAGAGGAAAGACAAGGCUGGGAUAUGCUCUGUUCUCACAUCUCUGUGGGAGAUCACAGCUACUACCGCAGUUCCUGCCCACAGCCCAGAGCUAAUCUGCAUGUGUCUUUGCAGUCUCUCUCAUCUUCAUACUCAGUAUCUUCAUCAGUAACACCAAGCAGUCAGAAUCAGGCUUAGGUUCCAGCUGGUAUGGAGACCUGGAUGGAAAUCCUACAAGGAGUACAAGUCCCUCUCAUUGGGGUGGAAAUCCUGGCAAGAGAAGAACUCUCUCCCAGGUCUGCACCUGUCCCAGAAGUAUAAUUAGCACUGAGCAUUAACACAGGUGCUUCACAAACAGAUCAUCUUCCAGUGUUUCAUAAUAUUUACCAAUGUGGCCUGGUUGCUUAAACUGUGUCAGUUCAAGGUACUGUGUGUAUGGCUAGACAGGCUUUUCUCUGAAAAUAUAAAAUUAUAUACCAAGGGGUAGCUGCUUUGGUUAUUUUAGGGGCUAUUACAGCUACUGUGUAAAAUCAUUCUGUCACAAGGAACAUGUUCUGCUUUGGUUUGUUUUUUGGUUUUGGUUUUUUUUUUCAAUUGGCUUUGGUUUGAAGUUUUUUUGCUUUGUUUUUUUGAAGAAGCUAGACUUAAGUCUACUUGAGUAGACUCCAGUUCUGGUGAAGCAACAGGUAAUAGCUGGGCAUUUAGUGUCAGCAGUGCCAAAGGUAGACUCCUGGUCUGGGAAUUCUAGCCCUGAUGUUGAUCUAUUAAUUGAAGCAUAUUUUAUGCCAUGAUAGGAGGAAAAAAGAGUAUGUAUAUGGCCUUCAGACAUAGAGGCUGAUUUUUCUGCAGUCUUCAGAUUACUGAAGGGGCACCACUGGAAACUAUCCCUCCUUGCUGACUGUGGUCUCCUCAAGUACCUCAAUAUGUGCUCCUAAAGCCUGGUAAUGUGAGUGCCCUUUUCCUCCUUUUUUUUCUUCAUAGAAGGCUCUGCACAAUUCUCAGAUGAAUCUGGACAAUGACGUAAAAUUCCCCAAGUCUCACAUGCUUUUGUAUAUUCUGCUUUCAGGAUGCUUUCUUGCAAAAAUAACUUCAAAUGGUAAGGGAGACCACUUUGUUGCUCUAUGAAAACUCCCACAAAAAAAACCUCGGAACCAAACCAGAUAGUGCUGCAAGUACACAAACAAUUUGUGCCAGAGAUAACUUAAUUUUUAGCUUGUUUCAGUGGUUCUAAAUACUUACAGUGAUAUAGAUGUUAGGUUUCAGAAUAUUUCUGUAGUUGGUCAUACAUAACUUCUGUUAUGUCACUAUUAGAAAUUGAAGCACAGAAAAGUGAUGAUGAUAUACCAGUUGUCCAAAGAUAAGUAAUAGGAGAAAAACGAAAUUUUUCUUGACUUUGAUUUCAUUGCUCUGUUGGGUUAGAUAUCUACUGCAAUUCAGGAUCAUGGUUAGAAUUGAGUGGGUUUCCCAUCCAAGUGCAAGAAUGGCUACAGAGCAGGGAGCCUCCAGGUUCUUCAGAGAAGCAAGUUGGGUGCCUCACUGUUCAAAAGCCAGAUAUACCCCUACAAUGGAGUGAGCUCAGUCUGGUGACUGCGCUUCAGUAGCUUCUUGAACAGCUUGCUGUGCACUGCUGAGACCCAGUGACAUAUAUAUAUUCAGACCAUCUUUUCUACUGUUUCUUUCAAGAUUUUCCUCCCUUGGGCUUUCCUGCUAGAAUGUUUGAGGUUACCUCUUCCAACCCAAAUCAUACCAGUCUUUUCUGUAGCGGUAUUUACCUUGCAGAGGUGACCUCUGCUGAGCAGGAACAGGCUUGCUGGUAUUCUGUCAACCAGUGCUCAAGUCCAAUUUGCUUUCUUUUAGCUGGGUAGAAGUUAAAGGCUGGCUCAGACUGUUGAACUGGGUAGUUGCCCUUGUGCAUGAUUGACUGAUACAAUUACACUGUAGCAGUCUGUAUGGGUGGCGAGCAUACUCUGGUUUAUCUUGCUUGAAGGAGAGAAUACCAUGCCUUCAGACUGGCUGCUACUGACUUCUCAGUUGUAUGGGAUCUUCUGUGCUACCAGUGAGUUUAGGAAGCAGUUAAUUCUACUGCUCAGCUCUCUUCAGUAAACUACCAUGUUAAUUUGGGUAUUUUUGGAUAUUACAUUUUCAGUAUUCAUGACAGGUAAUCAAACUAGUGACUCAGUUAUGGGUUUGGUAAUACCUAGCUUGUAAAUACGGGGUAGCAACUCCUCAGUAACCAGCUGGAUGUUACAUCAUGGGACAUACCUGAGGAAUCAGAAGCUACUUUGCAGUAUUGGCUUAAGCACAGUAAAUAAGUGUUGUGCUCAUCCUCCUCACUAAACACCUUAUUCCUGUAAUUCCUCCAGGUUUCUCCCUUGUACAGUCAAGUCUUGUAGGGAGAAUUACUAGUGCUCUCCUCUGGUGCUUUCUGGGAUUGCAGUAAAGAAGCAAGUCCAUUUGUUUGAUUCCCUCAUCAGUGCUGCUGGUGUUAGUUUGAGAUGAGUAAAUUACCAAAGAAUAGUUGAUAGUAGGUUUAUGUUCCUAGUCCAAGUUGUUAAUUCUCCUCACAGAUCCAUUUUUAAGAUCAUUGCAAGAGUGCCCAGUGAUUUUGCUGGACUUAGCCUGUUCACAAAAAUUACGGUCAUAUUGUGGGUGCCUCUUGUGAUUGUCUUCAUGAGAGGAAAUUUUUAAUAGCAUUAAGGGGUUUAUAUUUGCUGCCUCCAUUUUAGGUCUUUGGCAGCUUUUUGUAUCUAAAUGAUUAAGAUACUUGGGGAUAAUUUCCUUCCAGAAUUUCAUCCUAUUCCUUUACCUGAGCACUUGCUUCAUCUUAUAGCUUGCAACUGCAAAAUUAACAGAUUAAACUUAUGAUCCAGCUAUGUCAAGUGGUGCUUUGUUGUCUCAAUUUGUACCACUCAGCUGAGAGGCAUUUACAGGCCUUUUGAAUUGCUGUGCCUCACCUGAUGCAGGUGUGAAACAAAGCAGGCUUCCGAGACCCUCCAGAGGUUACUUGUUUGCUUUGUUUGCAAGAAACCAAGGAUAGGUGGGCUGUCAGUUAGUACAUGUGGGAAAGCAGCAGCAUCUUACAGCAGCCAGGUGGAAGGUCUGUUUUUAGUGGUCUGUUACCCUUAUUUUCAAUAAAUGCACUUUUCCAAGGUGUCUGAUAGCUUCUUACUUAGUUACUUUUGCAAUUGCUGCUAUGACUGAAUUACUGGACUGGGGUACAGCUUAUUCCUAAGGAACUCCAUUGCAGAGCUGUGUGUCAUGCAGGUGGAGCUGAUCCUCCAGCCAGCCUAUGCUGAGCCAGGGACACCUGACCUACCAGGCACAAAUGUUUUAGUUUAAAGUUAAGUGAAAUUCCCUGUGUGCCCUGCUGGCCACCCCACAGUGAGCCCAUGGUGUGACCUCAACUUAAAACCAUUUCUGAGUGUUAUAGUGCCCUCAGUAACUUAUUUGAAAAUCUGAAGCAGACACCCCAGGACAAGGGAGAGUGCAAAAGAGAACACAGCCACAUCUUGUGUGAGGUGCUCUCCUUUGCCCCUGUACAUGAGUACUUUGUGUAGUGAGGAUGGGCAAGGAACACCAGAGAAACAGUAAAAAGUAAGCAGUGUUUGGUAUGGCUCUUGGAACUGCUGAAGAAUUAAAAAAAUAGAGGGGAUAUGUAAAUGCUUAAUCAGAAACAUCUUUGAGAGAUCAAGUAUAUAUCCCUGACAUUUUCUGAUUCUUUGUGGUUUUUUUUCAAGGAUAAAAUUAGGCAGGAUAUUUUUGCUUGUGAUGUUGUUUUUUUUCAAGAAAACCAUGUGGUACUUGGCUAAUUAAAAGAAUGCUCUUGCAGAAAGAAAUCCUUCAUUUCCUAACAGCCUUUCCCACUAGUAUCCUGCUGGGAGCAGUGUAAUCUAAAAAAGUGCAAACAGAUUUAAAAUGGAGUGCUGGGGUUGGCAGAGGUGGGAAAAUGUGGGCUGUCUGACUGUUUCUAUACCCAAAAGACCACUAACACUUGAUUGUAUACAAAUAGUGGUUGCUGUACUAAAACUGAGAGGGUGUAUAAAACCCCUUGCAACAUAAUGCAAUGUCUUUAGUCCAAGAUUAUUUUGAAUUGAUUCUUUUGCCUUCAGGACAAAAAAUUUAGGAGUCAAUACAGCAUUUUCUUAGGAACUGCUUUUCUAGUUUCCCGUACUAAAAGGGAAAAUUCAGGUGCUGAAUCUUACAAUCUCAUUAAACUUGUACUUUUUAUUUGCCCAUUCACCUGGUCUCUUUUCAUUUUCAAGGCCUCCCACAGUCUCAGGGUAUAAAUCACUAUGACUCAUCCAAAUAGUACUGAAAUGGACCAACCAGAGGUUAAUGUGCCUUCCUCUUCUGGUACCUUGAUCUUUAUAGUUAUCUCAAAUUUGUCACUGUCCUAGGGUUGGGUACAUGCAUUAUCUUUUUCUAAGAUAUAUGUGUUAAAAUUGCAACAGGUUUGUACUGUUACUUGUGACUUGUUCCAUUUGUCUUAGGAUGUGGUGUAGACAAAUCAAUGUGCUGGUUGGUCUUGGUAUCAGUCUUGCCAGUAACACCUGUCAGUGCUUGCUUGUAUGUUCAUGUGUAGAUAAAUGCUGGAUCUUCCCCACUGCCUGUGGUGCAUAAAAUGCACAAAAUGCACAAGGUGUUUUAAAAUGUGCAGUGAUCAUAACUUGUUGCCUGAAGGUAGGAUUUCCUACAGUGAACUGGUUUUAAUGUUUUGGUUUUUUCCCAAAUAUUUUUAAUAAGAUCCAAAGCUUUGAGGAAAAAAAAAUAAUAAUUGGGACUUGCUGAUACUUGAUGGCUUUUGUUCUGAAUCCAGGGUCUGAUGUUUGUUAACAACUCCUCCAAUUCCACCCAUCUAACAGAGGCUUUCUCAGCUUGUUUCUGUCAUGACCUGUAUCAGAAACAGCUCUGAAUCCUGAACUAUCGUAGAAGCUGUCAAGCAAAGUAGUAACAGUUCUCUUCAAAUAUUACAGUGCACAUUUUUUAACCUGUUCCAAGUCAUUGAUGCAGCUUAAAAAUGGAACAGUGGGAAACUGCAGAUAGUAUGUGAAACUAGCCUGUCUGCACAUGGAGCUCAGUGUUCUGUUACCUUUCAAAUUGUUUCUCCCCUCUAAAAGGAUUUUUUUUGUUGUUUUUUUCAACACAAAGGCAUACAUUUGGCUUAGUUUCCUAAAGUUAUAUUUGUUUACAAACCUCAAACUGACAUCUGGAAUUUGGGUUGAGUUUCUGAAUCUUAUGCAGACAGUACAAUUGAUACAUUACAUCUCAUAAGAGCAUAGAAACAGGAACUUCUUUAUCUUCUAUACUAUAUCUUCACUUGCUGUGGUCUUCCAUGGACAUGCCUAUGCAUAAUUAACUGAAUUACAGUACUGCACUCUGUUGAUCCAUGAGGCUACCUUUGUAUGAAGAAUCAGCACGAUUAGUCAUCAGUGUAUUGACAUUAAUACAUGGUCAUGGAACUGUAAGGUCUGUGUGUUUUCUGUGCUGUCUGUUCUCUCUCUACCACAGUGUACACAUACUGUUGAGCUCUUUUUGCUUCAUGUCAGUUUCAGAGUUCUUUAAUUUAAAUUCAGUCAGGUGCUGUUUUUAUGACGGUCACUUUUCCAAGUAGAACAAAUGGAUUGAACUUUGUUUUCUAUCUUUGGUAUCUUCCUCUUCUCCCAUUUCUUCCUAGUUCACCUGUAAUCAGUUCAAAGUUGUCGGCCUACUCUGAAAAUUAACAAGUCAUAAUAAAAAGAAAACCUGUAGCCCAAUGUGGCAAGAUCACUCUGUGCUUUUACCAUAAACUUCCAUGGCUGGAUGCCUGUCUUGCAAGUGGAGACUCCACUCCUGCACAGUCUGCAGAAGCUGAAAUCCUCUUGCAGCCAUAUUUUUCAGUGGAUAUCAGCAGGUGCCCUAUGCCUUCACCCAGUGUUUGUCAAAUUGAUCUGUAGUGGUUUAGCCAGAGAACUGGCAUCUUUGACUGCUACUCUAAGUCUUGACUAAAGAUUUCAUUCAGGGCAAUAUCAGGAGGAUGAGUUGCUGGCUUGAUCCCAUGUAAAGGUUUUCUCCAGGGAUUUAUUUUUUUGGGGUGGAAUUACAAAAGAGUAGGGAUAUGAGCAAAACAAUAACCCUGGGCUCAAAAGAGAAAAGUUAUUCUAAUGUACUUUGGCCAGCAAGAAUGACAAAGCUAGGUUCAGAGGCGAGCUGGCAAUGGAAUGCUUGAAGGGUAGGCCUUGAGGGUUUGUGCCAUCAUGCCUUAGAUCACUGCCAGUUAGUUGCUCCCAGAGCUUUCAAAACCGGUGGUCAUCCCUCUUCAGAGGAGAUGUGAAGAUGGCGUGUGGAAAAACCAGUUUCCCCAGUGGUCACUCAGUCUUCUCCUCAGCAUUCAAGGUUAUCAGUGCACUUGUCACUGUUUUCAUGAGUGACUAUGACUAAUGUGUUUCACAGCUGCCACCAGCCCCUUCCACAUGCUUUGUGCAGGGAUGGUGGAGUGAAAGGGCCUUGUCUGCAUUGUCCUCCACUUGGCUGGCUGUUGACAGUGCAGGGAUAUAAGAGGCCAGCUGUGAUUUACAGCUUCAGCUGGUUGCUUUGGGCUUCUCUCACAUUGCAGGUGUGAUAGUGGGGCUGUUACAGAAAGAAAUGGGUAAGUAACUUCUGGUGGGCUUUGUCCCUCUUGUUCAAAAUGCUGUCUCUAGUCUCAGUCUCGUCCCAGCCUCACAUCUUGUCACACUGCUGCUUGGGACUUGAGCAAGUUCCCUGUUCUCUCAUGGUCUACUAGUUCAGAUACCAAGUUCUGCAAAGCCUAGGGGUAACUGUUAGAGCCCUUCCAGACUUAGAAACUUCUACACUGGCUUAGGCAGUGGUCUGCUGAACUGGGACCUUGCUUACAGUGUUCUUAUUAUUUUUACUCAGCUCUAGCUAUCUUGGACUGCCAUAUCCCUUUCAGUCCAAAAAGGUUUGCUCCGAAGUCACUCCUAUUCUAUGGAGUUGAUUUCCAUACUGCUGGUUAUUACAAUUCAGUGGCUUUUCUUUUUCUUGUUUUUAUUUUGUGGUUCACUGCAAAUGUACAAAACCAUACUGACUUUCUCAGCUCCUGAACAUAGUACAAGGGCCCAUCCUGAGGCAUCAGAAAUAUUUUUCUACUCUCAAGGUGCACAGAAACAAGGAUCUCAUAGACAAACAAUGAGGAAAGCAGCUGCACAUACACAAGUAGAAAGGUAUCUCUGAGUGGAAUAGGUGAGGGAGCAGCUUAUGAAUUUUAAGUAUAAAAACAGUAAUUGAGGGUUGUUUUUGUUUCUUUUUUAAAAUUGCUUUAACUGGAAGUUAUGUGGUAUUUUAAGCCACAGACAGUUGCAACAUAAACCAAGAUUUUCUGUCCAUCAAUGCAAAAUGUGCCUCUCAACUAUAACAAAAAGGCAGUCUCAGUUGCUCUUUGGUUUGCAAUGGAAGAUUAUCUGAAGACUGAUUUAAUCUGUUUCUUGCUCUUACAUGCUAUCACUCACACAACAGUCCUUGCUGGUCUUUCCCAAGCACUAUUCAGCACUAUCCCUAUUUAAAAACAAAAUGGGGACUGCAUUGAGUAGCGGAACCUAAUGAAUUUCCUUGGUUUGAGAGAGACCCUGGAGAUAAAGAGUCCCGGUUCCAUGUGUUUUAAAUAUAACUUUAAACCAAUGCAGCUAUUCUCUAAGACCAGCACAGCUUCCUACCUUUCCCUCCCUUUACAUGGGAAUUUAAAAAUAAACCAAGCAAUACAUGAGCCAGUUGAUGUCCUUACUGGUGGAAUGUUUUUUUUUUUUAAUUUGAGAUUUCUCUUGUGGAAGAACUCGUUGUGAGUGCAAGAGUGUGGAGCUCAGAUUACAGCUCUUCCACCAGCUUGUUAAUUGCAAUUAAGUAUUCUGGAUUGUUUUGAAGAAGAUUGUUUAAAAGCUGUGAAGGCAUAAACUGGAACUGAUAAUUUUAAAUUUUAGGUCAUGUGUGUGUUGCUUGACUACAUGGACAAUGUAACAGUGAUUGUUAUAGAUUGGUUUCCAUGUGUCAGUCACAAAUAAUUUGCUGUUUGGAGGAAAACUUUUAGUAGAUACAUUUACAAAUCAAAUUAUGAGCCUAUUUUCCCUCUUGCAUUAACCGGGUUACUGUGUUCACAUGCCAGAAAGAUACUGCUCUUUGAAGAAGCAUGUUAGUGUAUGUGGCAAUGCCCCAUGCACUUUUUAAAUACCUAGACCUGUACAUUUUCAUCUGAGUAUCGUUAACCAUGCUGUAGUCUGGCAAAUGAAACUUUUACUACUGCCCUGUUACAUAGAUAAUUGUAAUUAACUGCAGUUUGUUUUUUUCCACUACUUGAAGUCGUGUGAUCUGAAAAUUGGUGAACAAAAAGUAUUUGUGCAUCUUACUAUGGGUAUCUCUAAAUAAAAUGUAUUUGUAUAGUG